AUGAAUGAAAGAAUACAUAAAACCGAUCAAUUACAGUCCUCUCUUUCAAUUGAAACUCUUCAAGAUAUAGUACGUAAUUAUCAACGUACUGAACAACGUCUACAAGAACUUGAACGUUAUACACGUCAUGAACAUGAUUUAUCACGUCGAUGUGAUGAUCUUCUCUCUCGUUUAAAAACUGAUCGUAAUCAACGAACAAUACUUAAAAAUAAGGAUUGUAAUUCUUAUCUUCAAAAAUCAUCCAGUCAACAAAUUGAUCAAUCAAUCACUCUUCGACAAGUACUUACAUUUCUUCGUUCAUCAGAUCCCAAUAUCUUAAACGAAGAAAUAAAUCAAGUAUUGAAGAAAAAACAUGAACAACCAUCAACAUACAAUGAUGAAUUAGAAAAAAGUCCAAUAAGUGAAAUACAACGAAGAAACUAUCUACGAACAGAGAUUUUACGAAUACGUCUUCGACAACAUCAUUUAUUACAUAGUGGAACAAAAAUCGAUGAUUCAUUAAAAAUGAUCGAUAUAUAG